AUGACAGGCCCCAGCGAGCGUCUGGUGGGAGUGGGGAAGGGGCAGCCACCACCAUCAGUCUGGGGCGGGAAGCUUACCUGUGCUGCGUACUGUAUGUGUGCACUCCAUGACCGUACUACGUAUAUCGAUCACGCUGCAGCUUCACGUCACGCUGCCGUCAUGACAACUGAUGCACCUCACAUCUUUAACCCUCUGAUUGCUGGGGACCACCCAACAUCCCUUCCACGAGCUAUAUCAACCAACAUCACUGCCAACACACCCACGCCCCUCACCCACCCUCACCCAACUCGCGCCUCCCACCAGACACCCAUCAUCAUCACCCAGGCACCCGCUUUCCACCCACCUCCCUUCCUCACUCCCUCCCUUCAUCCUCCACACUGUGGCAGCUGGCGAGAGAAAGCAUUCCUCUGGUAUAGUCUUCGGAACAAACAAACAGAGGUAGCAGGUCCUCAGUCACCUCCCCGCGUCCCUCUUAAACACAGAAUCUUUACGUCACGAGGGGAGCUCAGCCUGGAGACACCCAUGUACCCGGGCGUGGCUAGCACUACGCCCUCUGCUCUGUCCAAUCAGUGGCGGGCUCACCCCACGCCGGCCAAUGGGAAGGCCUUGGAUACUCGUAAGAGGGCGGCGAUGCCAAGGACUAAAGCGGUCCCCAAGGAAGCUCACCCACCUUCACCCUAUGCCAUCCGCCCCCAUCCUAGCACCCUGAUACCCCUACAUCACUCAUACUACAACCCCCUGAACCUCACCCGAUUCCCUCUCCCCUCUCCCCAACUCACCCCCUCUCAUCCCCUCCCCCAGUACCCAGACAUCCCCAGUCCCACACUUUCUCAGUCCCACUAG